AUGACGUCAAGGGUCAACCCUCGAACGCUCCGCAGGCAGCAGGCUGACUUGGUCAGGGCCCAGCAACCGCCCGCUUUGCCGUCAGACUCGACCUCAGAGGAGCCGUCGACGUCUACCGGAACCGCUCCCGACCUGCCCGCAAAGCGGCUAUGCUUCGACAAGGAGAACACAACGCCGACAUCGCGCAGCACCGCCGCCAGGCUGGGCCUGGACCACACGCCGAAGAGCGCUCCGAGGGACAGCGCAACGAAGGUGCUCAACGGUGGCGACGGCAGUGCUGGCGACAAGGGCAGCGGCGAUGAGAGGGACGGCGUUGUCCCUUUUGGCAUUCCUGUGAUCAACCCCUCGACCCGCCUGCUACACGAGCUGCUGCCUCCGCCGGGCUGCUCCCCCACCCUGGGCUCUCCGCUGCCCGGCUCCUCUGGCUAUGCCGCCUACGGCCAAGGGUUUGGCGCGCACAACGCGCCUCGCUACAGCAGCAGCUUCUUGGCACCGCGGCAGCAGCAGCAGCAGCAACAGCAGCAGCAGCAGCAGCAGCAGCAGCAGCAGCAGCUGUCCCCCCUGGGCCGCCCGCCCUGCGUGGUCAGCCCCGCCAAGGCAGCGCCCCUGCCGCCGCUGCCGGCCGCGGCGCCAGGUGACCUGACCUUUUCGGGCGACCUGGGCAACCAGGUCAGGCUGCGUCCCAACAGCGCCACGCUGCGCGUGCCCAACGCGGCCCAGCUGCUGCUGGCCAAUGUCGGCGUGAGCGGCGGCUUCUUUCAGUCAGGCGAUGAUCUUGCUGCGCGGCUCACCGGCGACGCUUGCUCGUGGCUACAGUUCAUGGAGCGGGCAGUCAUGGCCCGGCCUCUGCUGGAACGCAACCUAGCUGCGGUGUGGAGGAGCAGCGUGCAGAGCGGAUGGUUCAUAACGUUCGCGGCUGGCGCCUCCUGCAGCUCUGGCGGUGGCGACGCGGCGCCGCAGCCGCGGCCGGCAAAGCGCCCCGCAGACUUGCGGGGGCUGUGCGACCCCUGGCUUGGCGGCAGGCUGGCUGUGCUCGGGGGCCCGCUGGAGGAGUCCUGCGAGACCGUGGUGGAGCUGGACAAGCGCCCGGGAGGCGGUGACGACUUUGGCCGCGUCGACUUUGUGGUCAGCGUCCAGGUCCCCAAGGGCGCCGACUUUGCCGAGGUUCAAAAGUGCGGCGACGCGGCGGUGGUGGUGGAGGUGGCUCUGGCGGUGCUGAUCCACGCGGCGCUCCUGGCGCGUGCGCGUCGCAACAGGCGCAAGCUGCUGGCAGAGGUGGGGGAGCGCGCCUGGUGGCAGGAGGGGUGGCGGUACGUCGUGCUGGACACGUUGACGCUCGCCGUCCCCAUGCCCCCGACCCUCAUUGAGGCCCUGAAGUGGGUCCUCGCAAAGGCGGGGGCGGACCUGGCGUCGCUGGGGCUGCCCGCGGCGCGCCUGGGCGACCCGGUCGCGGGGGAGGUGGCCGGGGCGGCGGGGGCGGCGGUGCCAGCGGCAGCGGGCGGUGGGCCGGCACAGGGGCCACCUGCGCCUUGA